GCUGCAUAACUGUGUAAGUUGACAGUCUCACUCUGACCUCCUAUCAUCACGCUUAUCUGAUUAUCUUGAUCCUCGAUUCCCGUCAUUGUAAUGUUCACCUCCUCAUCUCCUUCUCAUCUAUAAAACCACUCCAAUUAUUUUCAACAACCUCCUCACUCCUGAUCGCCAUUUUCCUCACUCAUCCACACUCCUAAUUGCACUCAUUUUCUCUAUCCAGAACCACUCUUUGCAACAAUGGCAAAAAACCCAGUUCGAGUUCUUGUCACUGGUGCCGCUGGGCAAAUAGGGUAUGCUAUUGUUCCGAUGAUUGCGAGGGGGGUCAUGCUAGGCCCUGACCAACCUGUAAUUCUGCACAUGCUUGAUAUUGAACCAGCAGCUGAAGCCUUGAAUGGGGUGAAAAUGGAACUAAUUGAUGCUGCCUUUCCUCUUCUCAAAGGUGUUGUUGCUACAACAGAUGCUCAGGAAGCUUGUAAAGAUGUCAAUAUUGCAGUUAUGGUCGGCGGAUUCCCACGGAAGGAAGGUAUGGAAAGGAAGGAUGUGAUGUCAAAAAAUGUAUCAAUCUACAAGGCUCAAGCUUCAGCACUAGAAAAGCAUGCCGCUUCAGAUGUCAAGGUUCUGGUGGUUGCGAACCCAGCAAACACUAAUGCACUCAUCUUGAAAGAAUAUGCACCUAAAAUCCCAGAGAAGAACAUCACAUGUCUUACAAGACUAGAUCAUAACAGAGCUUUGGGACAAAUCUCCGAGAAGCUAAAUGUUCAUGUUGGUGAUGUAAAGAAUGUUAUCAUCUGGGGAAAUCACUCUUCAACUCAGUAUCCUAAUGUCAAUCAUGCAACUGUCACCACUAGCAGCGGAGAGAAACCUGUCAGGGAACUUGUGGCUAAUGAUCAAUGGUUAAAUAGCGAGUUCAUCACCACUGUGCAGCAGCGCGGUGCAGCCAUUAUUAAGGCUCGGAAGCUAUCCAGUGCAUUGUCUGCUGCCAGUUCUGCUUGUGAUCACAUACGUGAUUGGGUUCUUGGGACUCCUAAGGGGACAUGGGUUUCAAUGGGUGUGUACUCUGAUGGUUCUUAUGGAAUCCAGCAAGGCCUAAUCUACUCCUUCCCUGUUACAUGUGAUAAAGGACAAUGGUCAAUUGUGCAGGGACUCAAGAUUGACGAUUUCUCAAGGGGAAAGCUAGAUGCAACUGCAAAAGAGCUCAUCGAGGAGAAAACAUUGGCCUAUUCAUGUCUCAAUUAAUGUUGAACGUUUCUUUUCUCAUGGAAUAAUGGUAGGAGGGACUCAAUAAUCCAUCAAAUAAAUUAAGAACACAAAAUUGUUAUUCAA